AUGAGAGCUGAUAACAUCAACCCCAGGACCGGGCUGGUGGUGGCUUUGGUCAGUGUCUUUCUGGUCUUUGGCUUCAUGUUCACUGUGUCUGGAGUCAGGGGAGAGACGCUGGGCGACAUCCCGCUCAUUGCGAUUGGCCCUGCCAUUUUCUUGCCGGGGGUGGCUGUCAUUAUUCUGGCCAAGAAGACCGACGGCUGCACCAACUGGACCAGAUGCAGGGAUCUGAUCGCCAGAAGAGCUGCCGAGGACCAGCUGCUGGAGGGGCCGAGCGCGGGUGGCAGUUGGCAGGAUGUGUCCAAGAACUCGACCAGGUCCCACACGCCGGACGUGGAGGAGGGAGGCUUUGGCGUGGACUCCAAGAGCUUGAUCAGGAAGGGCGACCAAGAUGCAGCAAGAAAGUACCUGGAGACUUACUACCCGUCCAGUGUAUUGAACUACUGUGUAUUCGACCGCCUCUGCUCAAACCGGGACAGCUCCUUCUACACGAACGUGUACUCGACCCAGGACAGCGUAAUCUACUCUCCCCGGGACAGUAUACCCUACGGGAGGUAUUAUUGUUGCUAUCCCAGUCCUGGGGAAGCCCGUCACGUUAGACUUUGCUGGGACUACGAGACCGUAGUGUGA